UCCCCGGCCGUCCUCUCGCUCAGCCACUUCUGCCGGUCGCCCUUCGUCUCCUUCGGCGACGUCCGCGUGGGGGCGUCGCGGACGCGGCCCCUGCUGCUGCUCAACCCGCACGACGACGCGGCCGAGGUGCACGUCCGCGUCCCCGCCGCCGACCUGGGCUUCAGCGUGGAGCCGCGCCGCUGCGAGCUGCAGCCUAAAGAAAAGAUUGUUAUUUCUGUUACCUGGACACCGGUGAAAGAGGGCCGAGUAAGAGAGAUUGUGACAUUUGUUGUUAAUGAUAUCCUGAAACACCAAGCUAUAUUAUUAGGGAAUGCCGAAGAACAAAAAAAGAAAAAGAAGAGUCUUUGGGACACCAUUAGCAAGAAGAAAAUUCCAGUCUCUUCAACUCACCAUAAAAGGAUUUCAAAUACUCAAAAUAUCAAUGAAACAUUUAAUGUUUCACAGAAAGGAGCCAGAGUUAGGAGCCCCCUACAAGCUUGUGAGAAUCUCACUACCAGUGAAGACUGUUCUCCAACCAAAAGCAAUGCUUUAGCUCUCGAAGAAAAUAAAAUACCUAUAUCACCUAUCAGCCCUGCUUUCAAAGAGUGCCAUGGAGAAACCUGUUUGCCACUUUUUCUACGCCGAUCUACUGCCUACUCAUCUCUUCCUGCCUCUGAAAAUGGAGAGCAAGUAGAAGGAACUGGUAAUUCAAAAGACUUUGCUUUCAAUGAGAAAGUCAUAACUGAAACUUGCUUUAACUCCAUUAAUAUUCCUGGUUCAAGUCAAGAGAAUGGUAAACUUAUUUGUACCCCAAAUUGUUCUUCGACUUUGAACUUUAUACAAAGCCAAGGACAUUUUAUAAGUCCAGAUUCUUUUGUAAAAAAUAGCCAGGCAGCUAAUGAUGAACCAGGGUUAAUGACACAUAUCUCAGCAAACACAUUUGCGAAGGACAGUUUGAAGCCUGUGUGUUUGGAAUCCAAAAUCCUACCCGAAAUUUGCCAAGCAAUUUUAAGCCCAGAUUCUUUUGUAAAGGACAAUUAUGGGCUAAAUCAGGAUCUACAAUCAGGGUCCACCCGUACUAUUUUAUCCCCAAGUCAAUUUGUAAAGGAUAACAUGCCACAUGUAUGUAUAUCUGAGCAAACAGGUAAACCAUUAGCAAAUGAAAGUUCUCAGGUCCUGCAGUGUUCUCGGGAUUGGGAAGAAAAUGGAGUUUUACUACGUGUUCCUGAACGACAGCAUUCAAAAACUCCCAAGGAGACUUUUGAAGAAUUAAAACCUGUAGAAACAAAGUCAAACUAUUCCAGUUGUACAGAACAGACUCGUCCUGCAUUUUCUGCUGUUCAAGAUGUUCCUUAUCAAGGCCACAACAAACAACCUAAGAAACGCCCGAUACUCACUGCCACUGUUGUUAAAAGGAAGCCCACCUGUGCCAGGGAAAACCGAACUGACGUCCCUAAGCCACAAACAAGAAGAUGUCUCAACAGUGUGGUAGGUGAAUGCGAAAAGGUGCUAGGUAACCAGAGAGAGAGAGAGACACUUCUCCAUCUUCCAGUUAUUCCAGUUAUAGAUCCCGGCCAAAGGAAAUUGGAGAAUUACGCACAUGAAAUCACUCCUCUGGCUGCCCGUAAGCGGAAGAGUGAUGGAGGCAUGGGGGACCUGGACGGGAAGGACGUCCUUACACAACAUUCGGAAGUGUGUGACAUUAAAAGAAUCCAUUUUUCUCCCUCGGAAUCUAAAACAUCAACUGUUAGAAAGGACAAGAAGAUGGUAACUCCUGUCUCUAAACAUAGUUGCAGCAGGGAGAAAUUAAGCCUGAGGAAGAAAUCUGAUUCAUUAGUAUUUAAAACACCUAUUUCUAAAACGAGCAAAAGGAGAAAGCGCGUUAUUGCUGUGGCACAAUCGAAUCUGACCUUCAUCAAGCCAUUAAAAACAGCUAUGCCCAGGCACCCAAUGCCGUUUGCUGCCAAAAAUAUGUUUUAUGAUGAACGCUGGAAGGAAAAGCAGGAACAGGGCUUCACUUGGUGGCUGAAUUUUAUAUUGACUCCUGAUGACUUCACAGUAAAAACAAGUGUUUCUGAAGUAAAUGCUGCCACUCUUCUUCUGGGAGUGGAGAAUCCACACAAAGUAAGUGUGCCUAAAGCACCCACAAAGGAGGAAGUGUCUCUCAGAGCCUAUACUGCGCGCUGCCGGCUGAAUAGAUUGCGAUGCACAGCAUGCUGCCUGUUUACUUCUGAGAAUAUGGUUAAAGCCAUUAAAAGGCUCGAAAUUGAAAUUGAAGCCGGACGGUUACUUGUUCGAAAAGAUAGACACCUCUGGAAAGAUGUGGGUGAACGGCAGAAAGUCCUGAAUUGGCUGUUGUCAUACAAUCCUUUGUGGCUUCGAAUUGGCCUUGAGACAAUUUAUGGAGAACUCAUAUCUUUGGAAGACAAUAGUGAUAUCCUUGGAUUGGCUGUGUUCAUUCUGAAUCGCUUGCUUUGGAAUCCCGAGAUAGCAGCUGAGUAUAGACAUCCCACUGUGCCUCAUCUCUAUAGAGAUGGUCAUGAAGAAGCUUUGUCCAAGUUUACACUGAAGAAAUUACUGCUCUUGGUCUGCUUUCUUGAUCAUGCUAAGAUUUCCAGACUUAUUGAUCAUGACCCUUGUCUCUUUUGUAAAGAUGCUGAAUUCAAGGCCAGUAAAGAUAUUCUUCUGGCUUUUUCACGAGAUUUCCUGAGUGGUGAAGGGGAUCUCUCCCGUCACCUUAGCUUAUUGGGAUUUCCCGUGAGCCAUGUUCAGAUGCCAUUUGAUGAAUUUGACUUUGCUGUCACAAAUCUUGCUGUGGAUUUACAAUGUGGGGUGAGACUUGUGCGAACCAUGGAACUUCUCACACAGAACUGGACUCUUUCAAAGAAACUCAGGAUUCCUGCCAUAAGCCGUCUUCAAAAGAUGCACAAUGUUGAUAUAGUCCUUCAAGUUCUUAAAUCACGAGGAAUUCAGUUGAGUGAUGAACAUGGAAACCCUAUCUUCUCCAAGGACAUUGUGGAUAGGCACAGAGAAAAGACUCUUGCAUUGCUUUGGAAAAUCGCCUGUGCUUUUCAGGUGGAUAUUUCCCUUAAUUUAGAACAACUAAGGGAAGAAAUUGACUUCCUAAAACACACACACAGCAUAAGAAAAGCAAUUUCUGCACUAUCAUGUUGUUCUGAUGCCACUAUGAACAAAAAAAAAGACAAAAGGAAUAGUGCUCCCCUUGAACAAUACAGUGACAGUGUGAAGUUGUUGAUGGAGUGGGUAAAUGCAGUGUGUGCCUUCUACAAUAAGAAGGUGGAGAAUUUCACAGUGUCUUUCUCAGAUGGCCGUGUUUUAUGUUACCUGAUCCACCACUACCAUCCUUGCUAUUUGCCUUUGGAUGCUGUGUGUCAGCGCACCACCCAGACUGUGGAGUGCACGCAGACAGGCUCCGUGGUAUUGAACUCCUCCUCUGAAUGUGACGAUAGUAUUCUGGAUGUGUCUUUUCAAGCAUUGGAUCACGAAAAUGCCUCAGAACUACACAAAGAGCUUCUAGAAAAUGAAAAGAAAAAUUUUCGUUUGGUAACAUCUGCAGCAAGAGACCUGGGUGGAAUACCUGCUAUGAUCCAUCAUUCAGAUAUGUCAAAUACAAUUCCUGAUGAAAAGGUUGUUAUUACCUAUUUGUCAUUCCUCUGUGCAAGGCUUUUGGAUCUUCGUAAAGAGAUCAGGGCUGCUCGACUCAUACAGACAGCUUGGAGAAAACAUAAGCUAAAAAAAGAUCUAAAACACUAUAAGGAGCGAGACAAAGCUGCAAGAAUUAUCCAGAAAGCUGUAAUCAAUUUUCUAAGCAGACAGCGAUGGAAAAAAGAGGUUACUGCAGCACUAGUCCUUCAGAAAUGUUGGCGAAGAGUCUUAGCACAGAGACAGUUAUUAAUCUUAAAAGAGGAAAAACUGGAGAAAAUUCAAAAUGCAUCAGCAACAAUUAUUCAGGCAUAUUGGAGAAGAUAUUCCACUAGAAAAAGAUUUUUGAGUUUGAAGUAUUAUUCAGUCUUCCUGCAAUCCAGGAUACGAAUGAUAAUUGCUGUUACAUCUUAUAAAAGAAAACGCUGGGCCAUAGUUACAAUACAGAGGCAUUGGUGUGCUUGUGUUCAAAGAAGAAGAGAUCAACAAAGAUAUAAAAUGCUGAAAUCUGCGACCCUUGUAAUCCAGUCCAUGUUUCGAAGAUGGAAGCGACGUAAAGUUCAACAACAAGUAAAAGCUGCAAUAAUACUGCAAAGAGCUGUUAGAAAAUGGCAUGUCCGGAAGCAAGCCAGGGAGAAGUCUGCCAUCAUCAUACAAUCAUGGUACAGAAUGCACAGGCAAUUACAGAAAUAUGCUUAUACUAGAUCUUGCAUUGUUGUCAUUCAAAGAACAUUUCGGUGCUUUCAAGCCCAAAAGUUAUAUAAAAGAAAGAAAGCAUCCGCCCUGACUCUGCAGAAAUACUUCAGAGCCUAUCUGAAGGGAAAGGCUGAACGCACCAGCUACUUACAAAAGCAAGCUGCGGCCAUUCGACUGCAGUCUGCUUUCAGGAGAAUGAAAGCUCGUCAUUUGCACAGGCAAGUUAGAGCUGCUUGUGUGUUGCAGUCAUAUUGGAGAAUGAGACAGGACAGACUUUGUUUUUUAAGCUUUAGGCAGAUGGUUAUCAAAUUGCAGGCAUGUGUAAGAAGAAAUCAGCAAUUACAGAAAUACAAGAAGAUGAAGAGAGCCGCUAUCAUAAUUCAGACUCAUUUCCAAGCUUGCGUUUCAGCCAGGAGAGUUCGAGUAUCUUACCAAAAAACACGAUCUGCUGUCAUUGUUCUACAGUCUACCUACAGAGCGCUGCAAGCUAGGAAUGCAUUUCUUUAUAUCCGCAAAUCUGUCAUAAAGAUUCAGUCAUAUUUUCGUGCUUAUAUUUCAAGAAAGAAAUUUCUGAUCCUAAGAAAUACUACCAUAAAGUUGCAGUCUAUUGUCAGGAUGAAGCAAGCACGCGGACGCUAUGCACAGAUAAAAGCAGCUGCCCUGUCUAUCCAGCGACGGUACAGGUCCAAAAGACUGGCUGCGUGCAGGAGAAAGGAAUAUUUACAGGUACGUGAGUCUUGUGUCAAACUGCAAGCUUUAUGUAGAGGAUGGCUGGCCCGAAAACAGAUGAGGAUGCAGAGAAAAGCAGUGGUUGUACUGCAGUCUUACUUCAGAAUGAGAAGGAUGAGGCAGUGCUACCUGUGCACCUACAGCGCGGUUCUGCUCCUCCAGAUUCGCUAUCGUGCCUACAGGGCACAAGUCAACCAGAGGAAGAAGUUCUUGCGAGUCAGAAGAGCAGCUGUCUGUUUGCAAGCAGCCUACAGAGGUUACCGAGCUCGCCAGCUCAUCAAACAGCAAUCUAUCGCAGCUGUUAAAAUUCAAACUGCUUUUAGAGGCUAUAGCAAAAGGGUGAAAUAUCAAUUGGUGCUGCAGUCUGCUGUCAAGAUUCAGAGGUGGCACAGGGCAUGUAAGGCCGCUCGGGAUUUAAGAACAUGGUUUUUAAAGACAAGAGUGGCUGCGAUUGCUCUCCAAUCUGGCUAUCGGGGCUGGAGAGUUCGGAAGCAGAUCAGAAAGGAACAUCAAGCAGCAGUGAAGAUCCAGUCUGGGUUUCGAAUGAUCCAGGCCCAGAGGCAGUUUAAAUCCUGGAAAAGGGCAGCUGUGGUCAUCCAGCAGCACCUGCGAGCAUGGCGGGCUGGAAGGCAGCAGCGUAGGGCCUAUGUUGAACUCCGCCGUGCCGUGCUCGUGCUCCAGGCUGCAUGGAGAGGGUGGGCACUGAGGAGUGAGGUCCAGCGGUGGCACACCUGUGCCAUCCUCAUACAGUCCUGCUACAGAAUGCACGCUCAACACAGCCGGUGGAAAACGAUCAGGAAAGCUGCUCUACUGAUUCAAACAUGUUACCGGGCUUACCGUCUUGGAAAAGAGCAGCAUCGCUUAUAUUUGAAGACAAAAGCAGCUGCUGUAACUUUGCAGUCCGCUUACCGUGGGGCGGAAGUGAGAAAAAGAAUAAAAGAUUGGAACAGAGCAGCAAUCACUAUACAGUCUAAAUACAGAGCUUACAAAGCCCAGAAGAAAUACAUCACUUACAGAAGUGCUGCUGUUGUCAUUCAGAGAUGGUAUCGAAACAUUAAAAUUGCAAACCAGCAACGAAAGGGAUAUCUUAAUUUAAAGAAAACAGCGAUGAAAAUCCAGGCUGUUUACAGGGGCACUAGGGUAAGGCAGCAAAUUCAACACAUGCACAGGUCUGCCACUUGUAUUCAAGCGAUGUUUAAAAUGCAUCAGUCAAGGUCACGAUACCACGCAAUGAGAAGAGCAGCUGUUAUAAUUCAAGUAAGGUUCAGAGCCUAUCAUGAAGGUAAAACUCAGCGUGCAAAGUACCUUAGGGUUUUGAAGGCCAUUGGUAUUCUUCAGGCAAGGUUUAGAGGAGCUAGAGUCAGACAGGCUAUGAGAAAGAGGCAGGUGGCAGCCACACUGAUUCAGUCCCACUAUAGAAGAUACAGGCAGCAAAUGUACUACACCAAGUUAAAGAAAGUGACACAGACAGUGCAGCAGAGAUACCGAGCAGUGAAGGAAGGAAGGAGACAGUUUCAGAGGUAUAGCAGGCUGCGACGUUCUGUGGUUCUCCUGCAGGCUGCUGGCAGGGGAAUGAUGGUCAGGAGAUAUGUAAAAGCUAUGCAUUCGGCUGCCACUCUUAUUCAGAGGACAUUUAGAACUCUGAUGGUGAGAAGAAAAUUCCUCUGUCUCCAGAAAACUGUGAUUUGGGUUCAAAGAAAAUACCGCGCAAAGCUCUUGGCCAGGUAUCAGUUACAACAAUUUCUGCUGGUGCGAAGGGCAGUUAUUCAAAUCCAGUCAUCCUAUAGAGGGUGGAUUGUAAGAAAGAAGGUGAGAGAGAUGCACAAGGCUGCUACGUGCAUCCAGGCUGCUUUCAGGAUGCACAGAGCAUGUGUGAGAUACCGGGCCUUGAAACAGGCCUCAGCUGUGAUCCAGAAGCAACACCGGGCAAACAGAGCUGCAAAGAGGCAGAGACAGCGUUUCAUCACACUAAGAAGGUCUGCUGUGAUUCUCCAGGCUGCCUUCAGGGCAAUGAAAGCCAGGAGGCAUGUGAAAGAAAUGCAUUUGUCUGCAACACUUAUUCAGAGUAGAUUCAGAUCCUUUGUGAUGAGGAGGAGAUUCAUUUCUCUCAAGAGAGCUGCUGUUUUUGUUCAGAGGAAAUACCGAGCCACCAUUUAUGCCAGAUGCAAGAGGCACCAAUUCUUGGAGUUACGAAAGGCAGCCAUUAGCAUCCAGUCAUCUUACCGGAGAUUGAUGGUGAAGAAGAAGUUACAAAACAUGCACAGGGCUGCACUUCUCAUUCAGGCCACUUUUAGAAUGCACACAACGUACGUGAUAUUUCAGCAGUGGAAACGUGCCUCGAUUCUAAUUCAACAACAUUACCGAACAUACCGAGCUGCCAAAUUGCAAAGAGAGAAGCUUCUAAGGAAAAAAUACAGGGCUGCUGUCAUCAUACAAAGCACAUAUCGAAUGUCUAAGCAGUAUUGUUUCUACCAGAAAGUUCAGUGGGCUACAAGAGUAAUACAAGAACAUUAUAGGACAAGUAAAAAACAGAAAGCUCUUCAGUUCCAGGCAAGUUGCACUGAUGCCAGUUUUCAAGACAUGACCAGAAGGAAACAGGCUGAGAAAGAACAUGAGGCUGCCGUUGUUAUUCAGAAGUAUUUCAAAGCCUGUAAAACCAGAAGACGUUAUCUUUGCCUGAGAGCUGCCGUCAUUUCUGUCCAGAGAAGAUACAGAGCAUCAGCUGCAGCAUACUCCCAAGCCGCUGCCUCAGUAGACUUGCCUUACCGAGGAUUUAAGGAAACAGAGUAUCCAUCUGAGAGGGCCACUGUGCCCAUGCAGAGCCCUUGUCCUGACCUACAAGCACAGGAGCGUGCGGCCCUACGGAUUCAGUCCUUCCUGCACAUGGCUGUUCAUCGCACAAGUUUUCUUCGACAGAGGAGAGCUGCUGUCACCUUACAACAGUGUUUCAGGACCUGGAAAACCAGAAAACAGUUUUUACUAUAUAGGAAAGCUGUGUUGGUUUUACAGAACCACUACAGAGCCUUUCUGUCUACAAAACACCAAAGACAAGUUUAUUUACAAACCAGGAGCCGUGUUAUCAUGAUUCAAGCUGGAAUGAGAAGAUUCAUACAGAAAAGGAAGUUUCAGAAAAUUAAAACUAGUGCCAUAAAAAUUCAGGCUGCAUGGAGAAGAUACAAAGCCAAGAAAUACGUACAUGAAGUGAAUGCCACCUGCAAGAUUCAAGCCUGGUAUAGGGGUUGGAGAGCACGCAGAGAAUAUUUAGCCAUAUUAAACGCUGUUAAAAUUGUUCAGCGUUACUUCCACGCCAAGCAGGAGAGGACCCGGUUUUUGAAGAUGAGAGUAUCAGUAGUUAUCAUACAGAGAAAAUGGAGAGCAGUGCUUUCUGGAAGAGUCACUCGUGAACAAAUCACAGGAAAAAGUAUAGAACAGAAGGCUCGAAUUCGCCUCCUUCCCUUCACUGCAGCUGCAUUUUUCCACCUGUCUGCCCUUAGAAUUCAGAGAGCUUAUAGACGUUACAGGGCUGUGAGGAGUGCCGAGACGCAUGUGGAUUCAGUCAUCUGUAUUCAGAGAUGGUUUCGAAAAAAAAUGCAACAGAAAAGGUUGAUUGAAAUUGAGCAUGAAGUUCAGGAACGUCUGAGACACCAAAACAGAGCUGCAUCGGUAAUACAGAAAGCAGUGCGCCAAUUUCUUCUUUGCAAAAGAAAGGAAAAAUUGAAUAGUAGAAUCAUCAAGAUUCAGGCAUUAUGGAGAGGUUACUCUUUGAGGAAAAAAAGUGAUUGUAAGAAAAUUAAAGCUAUACGAUUGAGUCUUCAAGCCGUCAACCAGGAGAUUCGAGAAGAAGACAAGCUCUACAAAAGAACUGCUCUGGCUCUUCACUAUCUUUCCACAUCAAAGCACCUUUCUGUCAUUCUUGAGGCUUUAAAGCACCUGGAGGUAGUGACUAGAUUGUCUCCACUUUGUUGUGAGAACAUGGCAAAUGGUGGAGCAGUGUCUAAAAUAUUUGUUUUAAUCCGAAGUUGUAAUCGUAGUGUUCCAUGUAUGGAAGUCAUCAGAUAUGCCAUUCAAGUCUUACUUCAUGUUGCUAAGUACGAGAAGACGACUUCAGCAGUUUACGAGGUAGAAAAUUGUGUGGACACGCUCUUGGAGCUUUUGCAGAUGUACCGAGAGAAGCCUGGUGAUAAAGUGGCAGACAAGAGUGGCAGCAUUUUUACAAAAACUUGUUGUUUGUUGGCUGUCUUGUUGAAGGCAAGAAAUCGAGCCUCUGAUGUAAGAAUUAGAGCCAAAGUUGUUGACUGUAUUUAUAGUAUCUACAAACUCACUGCUCGUAAGCAUAAGAUGAAUAUAGAGAGAAUACCCGGUAAACAAAAGAAAAGUGCUUCUGUCUGCAUGCCCUUACUUCCAGAAACACCCAUGAGGACCAGGAUAGUCUCCAGGCUGGAACCAGCUUGGGUUUUGAGAAGAGACAAUGUGGAUGAAGUGAAAAAUUCCCUGCAAGCUAUUCAAAUGCUGAUGGAUACACUUGGCAUCCCUUAUUAGUAAAUGUAAAUAUUUUCAGUGUGGACAGUCUAAAGAAAUAUUGUAGCUGAUCAUGAGUAUGUAAAGUGUCUUCCUGCUUUUGCUGUAUAGUUUUUAAAAUCUGACUUUGUAUUAAAAAUAAACUCA